AUGACUGCAGGUUCUAGGAUGCGCGCCUGCGCCGCCGCCGCGGUGCUCGCGCUGGCGCUGCUGGCCGUGGCGGUGCGAGCCGAGGACCCUUACCUCUUCUUUGAGUGGAAGGUGACCUACGGGACGAGGUCCCCGAUGGGCGUGCCGCAGAAGAUGAUCCUCAUCAACGACGCCUUCCCCGGGCCCACCAUCAACUGCACAUCGAACAACAAUAUCAUCGUCAACGUCUUCAACCAGAUCGACAAGCCGCUCCUCUUCACCUGGCACGGGAUCCAGCAGAGGAAGAACUCAUGGCAGGACGGCAUGCCGGGCGCCAUGUGCCCCAUCAUGCCCGGCACCAACUUCACCUACAAGAUGCAGUUCAAGGACCAGAUCGGCACAUUCUUCUACUUCCCCAGCAUCGGCAUGCAGCGCGCGGCCGGAGGGUACGGGCUCAUCAGCAUCCACAGCCGCCCGCUCAUCCCCGUCCCCUUCGACCCACCGGCCGCCGACUUCUCCGCCAUGAUCGGUGACUGGUUCACCAAGGACCACACCGUCCUGGAGAAGCACCUCGACACGGGCAAGACCAUCGGCCGCCCCGCGGGGCUCCUCAUCAACGGCAAGAACGAGAAGGACGCCUCCAACCCGCCCAUGUACGAAGUGGAGGCCGGCAAGACGUACCGGUUCCGCAUCUGCAACGUCGGAAUCAAGGCCUCCCUCAACGUGCGCGUGCAGGGCCACAUCACCAGGCUCGUCGAGAUGGAGGGCUCCCACACCGUGCAGAACGAGUACGACUCCAUCGACGUCCACGUCGGCCAGUGCCUCUCCGUCCUCGUCACCGCCAACCAGAAGCCCGGCGACUACUUCUUCAUCGCCUCCACCCGUUUCAUCAAGGAGGUGAACACCAUCACCGCCGUCAUCCGCUACAAGGGAUCCAACACCCCGCCGUCACCCAAGCUGCCGGAGGCGCCUAGCGGCUGGGCAUGGUCCAUCAACCAGUGGAGGUCCUUCCGCUGGAACCUGACGGCCAGUGCCGCCAGGCCCAACCCGCAGGGGUCCUACCACUACGGCCAGAUCAACAUCACCCGCACCAUCAAGCUCUCCACCAGCCGCGCGAUGGUCGACGGCAAGGAGAGGUACGCGCUCAACGGCGUGUCGCACGUCGACGCCCCCACGCCCCUCAAGCUCGCCGAGUACUUCAACGCCAGCAACGGGGUGUUCCAAUACAACCUCAUCGGCGACACGCCACCCAAGGCGGGCACCCCCAUCAAGCUCGCCCCCAACGUCAUCACCACUGAGUACCGUACCUACAUCGAGGUCGUCUUCGAGAACCCUGAGAAGAGCAUCGACUCCUUCCAUCUCAACGGCUACGCAUUCUUCGCCGCCGGCAUGGGACCGGGGCUAUGGACGCCGGACAGCAGGAGGACGUACAACCUCCUAGACACAGUGAGCCGGCACACGAUCCAGGUGUACCCCAGGUCGUGGACGGCGGUGAUGCUCACCUUCGACAACGCUGGGAUGUGGAACUUGAGGUCCAAUCUCUGGGAGAGGUACUACAUGGGGGAGCAGCUGUACGUCAGCUGCACCUCGCCGGCGAGGUCGCUCAGGGACGAGUACAACAUGCCCGAGAACAGCCUCCGCUGCGGCAAGAUCGUCGGCCUGCCGCUGCCGGCGCCAUACAUCAUCGCAUAA